AUGGUGAGAGCAACACCCGUCCUCCUGGUGCUCAGCCUCCUGGCCCUGGUGGCUCAUGGACUUCCUGAGAAAAAGUGUGUGCUGACUGGGAACUGGACCAAUGACCUGGGCUCCAACAUGACCAUUGGGAAAGUUCAUAAAGAAGGUGUUUUCAAUGGCACCUACUUUACGAAAGUGGCAAACACCUCCACUCCCAUCAAGCCUUCACCACUGCUAGGGUACCAGAAUCUCAAAAUCCGGUCAGACCAGCCCACCUUCGGCUUCACCGUCAACUGGAACUUUACAG